AUGAAAUAUAACCCAAGAGUCACAAGCCCAAGGCGGAAAUGCCGAAGGGCACACUUCACUGCACCUUCAAGUGUUAGACGCAUUCUCAUGAGUGCACCUUUGUCACCUGAGCUGCGUAACAAGUACAAUGUGCGAUCUGUGCCAGUCAGGAAAGAUGUUGAGGUGCAGGUGGUCAGGGGGACAUUCAAGGGAAGAGAGGGGAAAAUUGUACAAGUUUACAGAAGGAAGUGGGUCAUUCACAUUGAACACAUUACAAGGGAAAAAGUUAAUGGCAAGUCCUGUAUGAGUGUUUCAAUUGUUCAUUCUGUUGGAAAAGGUUAA